AUGUAUAAGUACCUACUGACAGAAAGCUACAGUCUAAAAAGUGAUGGCAACGCCAGCGGCAAGUUUAUAAAUCGACCUUUAUCGGUGGCCGUACAACCAAUGCCCCUUGAAGGGUUUCUUCACUCUAAAAUAUUGUUGUUGCCUUUACAAUUCAAAGGUAGUACCAAAGUCGAAAAUGGGAAACUUAGCAUGAAUAGGCUGGAAAUUGAUGACUCACUUUUGAAAAACAAUGAAGAGACUAUUGACAGUAGUACUACUACCACUGACGUAGUCAAAGCUUUGAGUAUGAUUCCAGCAGUCCCCGUAGAGGACAAGGAAAUUCGCUUACCUAAAUCUUGUUACUUUUCGGAUGGUAAAACUAAAGUAGACUUUGUUAUAGUUCUUCCAAACUUUGAAGAAAACAUAGAAUUGCAUCGUCCUUUGGAACAAAUAAACCUGUUUAUCACAAAAAUGAAAGAAAAAGGCUUAGUUGUUGAACGAGAGGUCGGAAAGUUUUAUACAACCCUUGUUUUUCUCAAAAUCCACGGUCCGCAUGCUGUACUAACACGUUAUGCCACAAUCUACAACAUCGGACUGACUUGCCAGAAUCCGUACUACAAGUACAAAGAGACGAUUCUGUUUAAUUUUUUGACCUCGGAGUUAACAAAACCGGAUCCCGAGAGCAACAUCUACAAGAGGGCUCAGAAAUCUCUCUCUGGUGAUAGACCUACAGAAAUAACUACCUCUGAAAGGAGUAAAAUCAUUUACGAAAUUUUGAAACGAAUCACUAUUAGUUUCGAUGAAAACGAGGUCACGAUGAAGAACUUGUUGGACACGGAUAUUUUCGUGCAGGCUUAUCCCAUUCACGAUGGUGACUACGCUUGGACCACCGAAGGACAUUUAACCGACAGACAACUUUUGUUCAAAUUCUGGCCCAGCUGGAAGUACGUUUUCAAAGAGCAACCGGUCCACUUGAUCGAAAAGUACUACGGACCGAAGAUUGCAUUCUACUUUGCACUUGCGUCUCUUUACACGAAGAUGUUGCUAGUACCGACCGCCAUCGGUACUAUCACCGUAAUUGUAGGUUUCGCGUUAACGUUCGGUCGAGAUCAUUACAUAGAGAAUGAAGUGUGCAAAAGUUCCAUCGUACUUUGUUCUGACCAAAAAUUAAAAAGCGCUUGUCAUUUGAUGAAACUGGCCUAUGUGAUUGACAACCCGGCGACUAUAGUAUACGUGAUUCUGUCUUCUUUUUGGGGUGUUAUAUUCUGGAAUUUAUGGCAAAGAAGACAAUCCAUGCUACGUUUAAGGUGGAAUUUGAUGGGUGUCAAAGCUGAUCGAUCCAUGAGAAAGGAUUUUCAGCAAAAUGCUAACGUGCGAAGAUCUUCCAUUACCGGCGAAUUAGAGUACUUUAUACCGCCACACAAGAAAAUUCUCACCGCCGUGUUCACCUAUCUCAUAAUUCUGAUAAUGCUUUUAAUUUUUUUCUUUGUCGUUUUUUUGGUCAUCGAGUACCGGUUUGUGCUUCGCAAGGGCUUAGAUUACGACGAAAUGAAUCUUGCUAAUGAACUCGAGUUAUUUACGUCUUCGUUACUAACAGCAAUUCUUAUUAUGAUCCUCGAUAGUUGUGCUCCUUACAUUUUGAAAAUGUACGCACAAAUUAUCAAGUUUUUGACACUAUUGAGGAUGCCAAGAACGCAGCUGCAGUACAACCGGAUGUAUUUGCAGAUGAUGUUUAUCAUCACAUUUUCUAAUAAUUUUUCGUCUUUGUUCUACUUGGCGUACGUUAAAGGGUUCUUUCAUAAGUACCCUGGGAAUUAUUCCGAGUUUUUUUUUGUCCGGAGGUUGCAGUUGGAUUUGUGCAAACCUGCUGGGUGUUUAGUGGAUUUAGGUAUGCAGUUGAUAACAAUAAUGAUUGUCAAAACGUUGGUAAAAAAUGGAUUUAAUCUUAUCAAGCAUUGGAUGUCUCCGUGGUACCAAUCCGAAAGACCGAAAGACACAGCUGGGAAUUUCGGUCAAUGGGAAAAAGACUUCAUGAUGAAUGAAAUCGAUGAUGCUGUUAUUAAUGAUCUUUAUACGGAACUAGUGUUGCAGUACAGCUUAAUCACUUUCUUUAACGCAUCGCUUCCUAUCAUCGGUCUUAUAGCUUUAAUACACAAUGUUUUAAAAAUCAAGCUCGAUGCGUACCGAUUUUUGAAAUUUUAUCGGAGGCCUGUGUUGGAACAAAUUCCAGACAUACAAGGCUGGAACAACGUCCUCCAAGCAGUUACUGUUUUCGGGUGUAUUUCAAACACUUUUGUUGUAGCUUUUAGAAGCAACUUUAUACAUAGGACUAUUUAUGAGAACAAACACAACGGGUCUUUGCACGGGUACAUAAACAGUACCCUGUCCAAAUUUGCUACAAGCGAUCUCCACUACGACGAACAACUAAGAGAACACGCGAACGAAACUUAUUGUUAUUAUCGUGGUUCUAGGUAUCCGCCCGAGGAUGAAAACCAAUAUCAACCGACAAGUUUGUAUUGGCAGCAUUUGGCAAUAAGAGCUCUGUAUUUCAUUAUUUUGGAAAAAAUGACGCUUCUGUUGUCGCUUGUUUUGAGCUAUCUGAUACCGGAAAUUCCGCGGAAGGUGAAAGUGAAGUUGGAACACGACGAAAAGAUGCUGCGAGCGGCGAGAGAGGCGCAGAUGGAAAAAGACAAAAAGACAUAA